ACUCCCCAGCUCAAUUCAAAAUUGCCUUUUCUCAAUUCUCACUCUAGUAGAUGUUCCUCUUUUUUAUAAGCUCCUUUUGAAAGUUCAAAUCAAAAUAGCGGCUCAACUCUCUAGACACUGUUUUCUCUGCGAAUUUUCACACUCAUAGCCUUCUCUCACUCCCUCAGUGACAGGAGCUAGCCAUCCCUGUUCUUUUCUCCGCCCUUGCAACCCGCUCUUUGCAAAACCCCUGCUCUGCUUUCCUAGAGAAUCAACUAUAACUUUCGCUAGCCCCUCUAAACAUACUUCAACCGCACCACUACAUUUCCAAUCUUUGCAAGGAGAUUCCACCUGGGUCCCGUUCGAAAUGGAUGCUUCAUCACCUAUUUCACUUCAACAAACACCUCACCAAGACUAUUCAGUAUCUGAAGCCUCGCCAAAACCUUACAAGAAAAGCUUUGUCACUUCUUUGAUGGAAGCAGCUGCUUUACGUACUCCUUCUUUCAAAGAAGACACUUACUUCAUUUCCCACCUAAAAAAUUCAGAGAAGAAGGCACUUCAAGAACUAAGAGACAAACUUUCAGUUUCUUAUGGGUCUGACGCUACUAGUGAAUGUUCCAUGUGGGGUAUUCCUCUUUUAAGCAAUGAUGAAAAAGCUGAUGUGAUUUUGCUCAAGUUUUUGAGAGCUAGAGAUUUUAGAGUUCAAGAUUCACUUCACAUGUUAGAAAAGUGUCUGUCUUGGAGAAAAGAGUUCGGGGCUGAUGAUAUAGUGGAAGAGGAUUUGGGGUUUAAAGAACUUGAAGGUGUUGUCGCUUACAUGCAUGGUUAUGAUAGAGAAGGUCAUCCAGUUUGUUACAAUGCUUACGGGGUUUUUAAAGAUAAAGAAAUGUAUGAGAGGAUUUUCGGUGAUGAAGAGAAAUUGAAGAAGUUCUUAAGGUGGAGAGUUCAGGUUCUUGAAAGAGGGAUUAGACUUUUGCAUUUUAAGCCUGGAGGUGUUAACUCCAUCAUCCAAGUUACUGAUCUUAAAGACAUGCCUAAAAGAGAGCUUAGAGUUGCUUCUAAUCAAAUCCUGUCCUUGUUUCAAGACAAUUACCCGGAAAUGGUUGCGCGUAAGAUUUUCGUCAAUGUGCCUUGGUACUUCAGUGUGCUGUACUCCGUGUUCAGUCCCUUCUUGACUCAGCGAACUAAGAGCAAGUUUGUGAUCUCCAAGGAAGGAAAUGUUGCAGAAACACUUUACAAAUUUAUUAGGCCUGAGGAUGUUCCAGUUCAGUAUGGAGGACUGAGUAGACCCAGUGAUCUGCAGAAUGGCCCUCCUAAGCCAGCCUCCGAGUUUGCUGUCAAGGGAGGAGAGAAAGUGAACAUUCAGAUUGAAGGAAUUGAGGCUGGUGCAACAAUAACAUGGGACAUAGUGGUUGGGGGCUGGGACUUGGAGUACAGUGCUGAGUUUGUGCCCAACGCCGCAGGAAGCUACACCAUUGCGGUGGAGAAGGCAAGGAAGAUUGCACCAUCAGAAGAAGCAAUUCGCAAUUCAUAUACGUCAAGAGAAGCUGGCAAAAUGGUGCUUUCAGUGGACAACACCUUCUCCAGGAAAAAGAAGGUCGCAGCAUAUCGAUACUUUGUCCGCAAAUCCGCCAUUGCCUAAGCUCUAUUAACUUGAGAUUUCUCAAGAGUAUGUUGUUCUUGAUAUUGAUAUUUGAGAGGUUUAAUUAAUGGGUCUGAACUGUUUUAGCCUAGUUGAUAGCGCCGCUAAUAUUUCAUGUAUAAAAAUGAUGGUAUUUUGUAGUAGCUCGUAUAAUGUGAAAAAUCAAAGCAAAUUACCUUCUCUUGUA